AACGGCUCUCAGCAAAGCAACAAGAAGGAAGAGCAAUGGCGACACUGGAUCGCCAAAUACCAAGUCCGGAUACCUUCCUUUGCCAGCCUUGGUCUUCCUUCGUCAGUGCGGUUAAAUUACGUUUUGUUGACAACGCAGACUCGUCUUUGGAGAACAGCGACAAAGAGCUUUACUGCCUCGGUGAAGCCGUGAAGCUCAGCAAAGAAGAGAUGCUCGUCCACAGCCAGUUUCCAGUGCUGGAGGAAUUUUCUCUUGUUGUCUGCCAUGUCUGCAAUCAGGUGGUCACUCCUCAGGGCUUCCUCACACACCAUGAGAAGCGCCACGGCUCCCCUGUCCCCUCUAGGAGCCCUCUGGUGCCCAUGAAGCCCAAGACACCCGCAGUGGCCCCUGCUGUGGCUCCCAGUCCUGGGGACACACUAGCCUUCAGGGUCCCUAAAGACUACCCCCACUCCCGGUUCAGCAAGGCACCACUUGCUGUCUAUCCACCAAAGGGGGCGCGGAACAAGACAUGCGUAUCACUUCCAGUCGUAAGCCUGGAGAAGAUGCCCUGCCUCAGCCAAGCGGAUUCCGCAUCACACAUCCGCCUCACCUCCUCCUCCUCCUCCUCCUCCUCCUCCCCCUCCCCUUCUACCUCCCCCAUCAAACACCCAUCCCUCACUCCCCCGGGCUCCCAGCGCUCCAGCGAAAAGCUAAUGAAUGGUCGAGGCACCAGCGGGCCGUCCACACCGCGCUCCACCGCGUCUCCAUCCUCACUGGACGGGCGGCCCAGUCUGGCGCGUUCUCCGCUGGACAGACGGCCGUCGUCUACACCUUCUCCCUCCCCGCUGGACCGGAAACCCUCCCCGUCGCCUUCGCCCUCUCAGCGGUCUGGAACUCUGCCGUCAUCAUCGUCAUCGUCGUCGUCGCCUUUGGAGAAGAAGCAGCAAAAUGGAACUAAAGCUUCCUCCAGGUCGCACAGAAGACUCUCAGGGAGAGUGUUUGAUCCUAACAAGCACUGUGGAGUCCAGGACCCAGAGACGAAACGACCAUGCACGCGGUCUCUCACCUGCAAGACUCACUCCUUAGCCCACCGCCGAGCCGUCCCCGGUAGAAGGACACAUUUCGACAUCCUCCUGGCCGAACACAAGGGGAGGGCGAAGGAGAAAGAGGGACCGAAGGAGAAAGACAGGGAAGGAGUGCAGGGAGGGAAAGAAGGCUGCAGCCAGAGCAUCACGUCACAGGAGACCGUGUCUCCCAGCAAGCCUCACUGCCCCAACGGUCGACCCCUGUCCUCACUGAAGUUACGGCUUGCUAAUGCGCACAUACCCAGGGUUCCAGGCUCCACCACCUCCACCUCCAGUCCUCUGCCUCCAGCACCAGCGCCUACCACAGCCCCAACCCCAGCCCCAAACCCAGAACCGUCUCCCCACAGCUGGGUAACGGCAGCGGGAGAAGGUGGUCGGCUUUCGAGUGACGAGGGAGACGCAGAGACUGCAGAGGACACAGACAGACCUGGCUUUCACUACUCCAGUCACCACCCACAGCCUUUAGGGUUUUGUGUAUUCAGCAGCAGGCUCAUGGGACGGGGCCACUAUGUGUUCGACAGGCGGUGGGACAGGAUGAGGCUGGCGCUGCAGAGCAUGGUGGAGAAACACCUCAAUGCACAGAUGUGGAGGAAGGUGCCACUGGCUGCUGAGAGCCUCUUUUCCCUCCCCUCCUCUGGUACCUCCUCCUUCACUUCACAACAAGCCCACCCUCCCUCUCCCACCUCCAUCACUUCUCCUGUCCUCACCUCCCCCUCCAGCACCUUCUCCUACACCGCUAACUUUCCUCAGUCUGCAUCCAAGGCCGGAGUGUUCAGCGUCCGAGAUGCCCAGCAACCCCUCGCCCCGGCUACCGCACCAGGAAAAGCUCGUAACGGCACGCAUAAAGCCAGCCGACCAUCCAAAGAGAUAGAAGACUCUGUAGUGGGCUCUAAGAAGAAGAAAAACCCUUCCUCCUCCUCCACCUCCUUUUCGUUUUCUUCCUCCUUGUUUCCGACUGUGGAUAAUCACAAAAGGAAUGGCAGCAGCUAUCAUCCAACAUUACAAGGCGCGGGGGGGACAGCUGCCACUCCAGCCAGGAAAAAGGGACUUGGGCGUGGGGGAAGCGGGCGCGGGGGAAGCAGGCUUUGGAGCAGUGGCGAGGACUGGUUAUCUAGAGCUGACGGUUCUCAAAGCCACAACUCGCAGAACAGCCGCGAUCUUGGCACCGCCAGUAUAUCCCACUCACCCAACAAAGAGCUGGCUUCCAAUCCCCAUCAGCCACUGGCUCCCCCCUCCGGACCCCUGGCAUAUGGAGGAAAAGCAGAGGGGAGGAAGAGGAGGAGCCCCAGCUCUUACAGAGGCAAGGCCAGCAAGCUGAGCAGGCCAGGCGGGCUGAAGAGCCUCUUCGGGAAAGGGAAUGACAGCGGGGGGAUACUGGCCUCCACGCCUGAGUCUCAGAGACAGGCCAAGUUGCAUCACUGACAGAAUGUUGGGCAGCUGUGCGGGCCACCACCGUUUGUGACCUUUGACCUCACCACUUCUUCCACUGACAGCACCAAUCAGACUGCUUCACCUCGGCGAUGUCACCCCUAUUUACCCAGUGACAGUUCAGUCAGACAGUUCCUGCUGAGGCAUCGGGGGGCUCUGGAGUCUUUGGCCACAUUUGGACCAGCAGUUACUUACGCUCUCCAGCCCUGAUUAACGGAUGGUUUUGAUGGAAAUCUGCUGCGGGUCACGGUUGCGGUCAUGGUGUCUUUCAGAACAAGACAGUGGAAUCCAAAAUCUUCUCCUCUUGAAAAGGGAAUGUGCCUCAAGUUUGCAAAGUUUUCACAGCAUUGUUAAAAAUACCACCACAGUACAAUUUCGGGGAGGCUUAUUUUUAACAGUUGGAGUUUAUUUCCGAUCCGCUGAGAAGGAAUAAAGUCUGUGAUGGUUUUUGGAAGUUAGAUGGUUGAGGGACCUACUGACACGACUACUGUAGGACUCAGACCACCCCUAUCUCUGUCUUUCUCUUGAUUUGAGCUUUUUCUCUUCCUCAGUUAUGGAAGAGACAGCAACAGCAGCUUUAGUUGGGUUUUAUCCAGCUUUUUCCACCUCCUCCUCUCUCUUUGUUUCCUCUCACUCUUUCUCUACCACUUUUUAUAUCAAACAACUCUUGUCGAGAUCCCUGUUUAUAUUUUAACCCAUCCAUCCCUUUGUGUGUACCCCAGCAUGCCUGUGUUCAAAGUGCACUUACUGCCCUCGCCCUCUCCCUUGCUCCCGUCUCCGCUGACUCCAGAGCAGUUUCCAGCAGUGCCACAUAAGGACCUGUCCGCACAAGGGAAAAAAGAAACUUCUGUUUUUACCAACGACGCCGGUCAAUGCAUUUUAUUUCAAUAUAGGAAAAAACUGGGGUUUUUGUUUUUUUAGUUGAAGUUUAAAAAUAUUCUGCGUUCUGGUUUAAAUGUUGCAAGAAACACAAACUCUUGUCUGUGUGUCAGGACUUGUAUCCAAAAUGGAAUUAUUACUACGGUGUUGGAUGUGUUUUUGUAUAAUAAUUUAUCAUUCUUAAAUGUUUUUUUGUUUUUUUUCUAAUUAACCAUUGAGGUUUGAGAGACUUUUUGAGCAAAAAACUGAAUUUCUAUGGCAUUUUGAAGAAAUGUUGAAAGUAUUAUGAUAGUUCCUAUUGUUGAACAAAAUGUACAUAUCUGUUAUUAUUUUUGUAUUUAUUAAUAAUUGUCCCCUUUUACUAAAUAUGAGCUAAAGAGGGAGUGUUUUUCCCUGCUAUCUUGGUCUGGGUUUAAUAGUGUUGAGAUUGGCCUGGUUUCUCAAAACCUUCAAGAAUUUGUUCAUUAGCACAUUUUGAAAUUAAUACUCACAGUCAUUUUGAUUAUUCCACAUAACAACAGCUAGUGGGCGAUUCUAAAAGAAAUAUUUUAUUCAGUUCAUUCCAGCUAAUCAUUUUGUCUGACAAAUUUAAAAAAAAAACUGACCUCAAAAUACACCCACUCGCUUUUCACCACCUCUUACAUGCUGUUUGCUGUAUUCCUUAAUAUGUUAAUCAUGAUGGUAUACAGUUUUUUUGCUGUUGGCAUACAAGAAAUCAACAUUAUUCUAAGAGGAAUUGAUACAAUACACAGAUGCCAAUAAACUUAAACUUCACAAAAAGAAAGCAGUGUUUUAUCCAAAGAUUUAAUCCAAAGUCUCUGCAUCUUUCUGCAGCUGUGUCACCACCACCUCCUCUAUUUCACUACCAAAACAUUUUUUAGUACGCAAGCUGACUUUUUUCUUACCCAAUUUUUUUCACUUCUCCAAUGUGAAUACACUGCUUAGAAUUAGUAUUUAGCAUGAAAUUGGGACGAAGCCAAGUGAAGUCAUGUGAUGACAGCAUUGUCAUUUGUCAUCUCAUGACGUAAGCAUUUCAGUCAUGUGAUAACGGGUGGUUGAAUGUGGGGGUUUUUGUGGUCAAACCAUUGUAUCGUGCCUGUUUCGUUUUUUGAAGUGUUUCCUGCUGCAGACAAUAAUGAAAGUCAACAUUUUACAGACAACAUAGUCUACGUCACAUCUUAUAUUGUCAUUAUGCAGUAUUGUUUUAUCUUUACACCAGGAGGGUGGAGGUUCCCCUCAUCACUGAAGGUCUGGGCCUGAUCAGAAUAAUGAGAAAAGACCAAAAACCUAUUUUAUCCCUUUCAAUCAGUCUCAGUAUAUGAAGAUAUUUAAUAUACAUAUGACAAUGUAAAAAUAUGAUUUAUAUAUCCAGGGAGGCCAUGCAGUGAGCCUAAAAACUGUCAAGAUUGAAUCAUUUUUAUAUCUUGCCCUACUCCUUUCAAAUGUGGAUAAGAUGGUCCAAAAUCUCAUGUUUCUGUAUCAGUGUUUCAGGUACAGCUGAACACACUGCUCGCACACUGUGUAUCUGACACAAGCUAAUGGACAAAAUGUCGAUUUUGUGAAACCAAGCCCCGGUGAGUAUUUUCAUAUAUAGGGCCCCACAUUCCUGUUUAACUGUGGUUCUACCCUUUUUCAUACUUCUCUCAAUGUUUGAAACUAUAGUUAUACUUUGAAACUGCCUUUAUCUUCCAAGACCAGUGUAUUGAUUUAUACUCGGUUGUUCUGUUGUGUAAAAUCAGAGCCGGGUCAAAAUGCUUUCAAUUACUUCUCAGCUGGAUUCCAAAAGCCAUCGUUUAACAUCCAGUGUCACAUAACAGUGGAUAAGACCUUGUUCUCAGCAGUUAUUUAAGAUCACUUGGUACCAUUUCUUCUUCUAUAGCAGUAGUUCACUGUGAUGUAAAAGCAGAAUACCCUUUCCUGUGAGCCUGUGAUGUCUUUUAAUAUUUAAAUAUGCCUGCAUACACCAUCAGGUAAAAGUGCAGGAGGUGUUUUUGAGUUUUGGGUGUAGAUUUUGGUAUGGAUGACAGGGACUUGCCCUACCAAUAUCAAGGUGUUGCUGGAUUGUCCCGACCAAUAUUUUAACUGAUGUCAAACAAUGUAGCUGCUUUAACUCCACGUAAUGCUAACAGUACGUUCUCUGCUGAGUUGCCAGGUGUUAAUGUGUGAUCGUUGUUCAGACAUGCUGUUUAUUACUGUUGGUGAAAAUUCCUCCCAAAAGCAAAUUAAAUUAAGACAUCAGGUCCUUUUUAUAGAAGAAUAAACGUCUCAGUAACAGUUGAGCUUAGUUCAUAAGAAUGUUCUGUAGUUAAUCCAAACAUUCAUCUUUGAAAUUAGUAGGCGAAAUAUACCAUUUAAUGCCAUCUCCCCCCUUUUCUGUGAGUGGAUCAAGAGCAGAGUUAUAAUUGCAUAUGUGUCAUUAAGACAUGAAUAUUGACUGGGUUGUUUGUGACUGCAGGCCAUCAUUUCAUAAUGAAAAUCAUGUCAGCAGCAGCCUGAGCAGCACAGAGACACAUAGACGGGUGAGCCCUGAUAUCACAGUGAGAGAUCUAGCCAUACGUUUAGGAUUUGAAUGAAAAAUAAUACAAAUAGAAGUUGAGUCUGAGAUGAUUAAAAGACGGUUUAAGCAUCACUGUGGCAGCAAAUGCAUGUUCAGUAACAUUUUGCAAAGUCAGGCUCUUUAUAAGUGUGUGUACGCAAGUGUUCCUAUUAAAUAUAAAAGAGUGAUAGGCAAAAAAAUGUCUGCAUCAAAGAUAAAAACUACGCACUUGGUUAAAGUUCAUGAUUAAAGCCCCUAUACUUAACGACCAAAGUGGCAAAAACAUGACUAAAUUUAAGUGAGGAUGUCACACAGGUGGAAGAAAGUUGCUCUGAAAACUGUCAGUCAUGAAAUAUGAGGUGAUUUCUUGGCUGGGUGAGUUAUGAAUGUAAUACCUUUUUAAAAACACUUUACUACAUCUACUAUUUGAUGUGGCUGAUGUAACAUGUUAAAAAAACAAAACACUUUAAAUUGUACUGCUAAAAUAACUGAAAGCAUUUUGACCCGCUUGAUGGCAGCGUAAAGCUGUGAACGAUGCUCCCAUCUGGUACUUGCCAACUGCUUCAGUGGGAAAAGUUUCAAGGAUUUAUUUGGGGGGUUUUUUGUUUUGUUUUUUGUCUCAAAAGCAUCUACGCACUAACGAUGAAUGAACUGUACAUAAAAGUAAGUAGUAUUUGUUUUAUGCUUUUCCAAGUGCUUCCCAUGAUGACACUUUAUUCAUCAGUGUGUGAGAUCGUCUAUCAGCUCUUACUGUAGAUCAAUCCAGUGAUGUGCAGGUGUUACGCUUUAUUCUGUGACCCAUCAGAUUCUGUGACCUAAACGGGAAUUUCAGCUGUAUUUCCACUGUACAUAUAGUCAUCAAACAUUAUUGCAUACUUUACUUUGAUUGCCUUUUUUAAACACUGAUUGUAUUUAAACAGUGUGACACAUUUUGAGAGUUAAGCAAAACCUGUCAGCCUAUAUAUAUAUACAUACAUACAUACAUCAGCAUUUUGUGCAAUGGCAAAAGUGUGUGUGUGUGUGUGUGUGUGUGUGUGUGUGUGUGUGUGUGUGUGUGUCCAACUGCACACCUACAAAUCAUGGUCGACACUUGACAAAACUGGCAGACUGCACUGAAACCGCAACCAUCAAAUUCUGUCACCCUGUCUAUAUAAAUACAAAGGAGCAUCAUGUUUGGUGACAGCGAUCAAAUAAAUCACGCCAAUAAAUAAUCAGAAAAACAUUUGCAGAGGGAAGAGUGCAGGAACUCCUAUUCAUGUCACGUGAUCUGGUGGGUCACAGAAAACGGGUGUAAUGCCAGCUUGUUCGUCUUUAUUUUUACUGCGCGUACACACGUGCUCAGUGUACAGUUAAAUGUUGGUUUACAGGCUAAAACAUGAGGUUUAGGUGGGAAUUAUGUUCAGGGGACAACAUUUUUUUUUUUUUCCACGUGUACAUUUACAGAGCAAAGUGACAAUCUUUGUUUUUGUGGAAAAUGCCACCCCUAACUUACUGUUUAUAGUAAUAGGAAUGGGAGGUUUAUGUUUGUUGCAGCUAAAAUCAAGACAUGGAUGUUGAUUUCAGAGCAGUUGUAUAUUAUCAUGGCUGUUAAAAAGUUUUAUGGAGGUAUUAACAGUUUUUUUUUUUUUUAAACCCUCCCCCUUCCUUUUUUUGCACUUUGUUAUAAAGCCCAGAUCUUUAAUCAACUUCUAUUUAUAUAAAUAUUUGAGAUUAAAAAAGUCUAUAUCUAUAUAUUUGUAAAAGUGUCUCAGCAAAAGAAGAUGAAGAGUAUAUUCUUGGUGAGAUUCGGUAGAAGGCCCCGGAAACCAGCACACUGUUGUUUCAUCUGAUCCAAACCGUGGUGAAUGUCGCGUCUCACAGCAGUUGGAUCAGAAAAUUGAUUUCUCAUCAAAACAACUGAACAUUUGCUGUAAGAAAAAAAAAAAAAACACAAAAAAGGUCUUAUAUCCAAGCUUUUAUUAAAUGAUUGAAAGUG